AUGGCUAUCGAUCUCGACAGGCACCAUGUGCGCGGCACCCACCGCACUGCUCCCAAGAGCGACAACGUCUACCUGAAGCUUCUCGUUAAGCUUUACAGGUUCCUUGUCCGCCGUACCGACUCCAACUUCAACAAGGUUGUCCUCCGCAGACUGUUUAUGUCCCGCAUCAACCGCCCUCCCGUCUCUCUCUCUCGCAUCUCCGCGAACGUCCAGAAGGGUGAGAAGCGCACUGUCGUCAUUGUUGGCACCGUCACCGACGACAACCGCCUCUUCGAGGUCCCCAACGUCAACGUUGCGGCCCUCCGCUUCACCGCCACUGCCCGUGCCCGCAUCAUCGCUGCCGGUGGCAAGGCCCUCACCCUCGACCAGCUCGCCCUCCAGGCCCCCACUGGUUCCAACACCCUCCUCCUCCGUGGACCCAAGAACGCCCGUGAGGCCGUCAAGCACUUCGGUCACGGUCCCCACAAGAACAAGAAGCCCUACAUCGAGUCCAAGGGCCGCAAGUUCGAGCGUGCUCGUGGCCGCAGGCGAUCCAGGGGUUUCAAGGUCUAA